AUGGGCGAACCGGACGAAGAGAAUGUGUUUGCGGAUAUAGAUAAGUGUAUUGAGGAUACAAAUGCCAUUGUCCCUCCUAGAGUUGACGCUGCUACCUUCAUAGUGGAACACAGUCUAAUCCUACUAUAUAGAUCAGUAAUUUUCUUCUUCAAGCAAUUACCGGGAGAGCAUCUACAUGAGGCAUGGGAUAGAUUCAAGCUAUAUUUGGUGAGGUCACUGAAUCAUGGUUUUCUGGAUAAUAUUUUGUUGGAGAUGUUUUAUAUGUGCUUGGAUCCUAUGAAUCAAUCGAUAGCCAAAAAUGCGGCAGAUGGAUCAUUUAUGGAUAGAACAUUUGCAAGGAUCACACAAAUCCUCGACAAAAUGGCCGAACAUAACCAAGUUUGGCAUGCAGAAGACACCAAGGGUGGAAUUGCAUAUAGUACUCCUUCCUUGACCAACAUGAUUAAGGAGAACCAAGAAAGAGAUCAAAUGAGGACUAUGAAGAAGCAAAUUAUAUCAACAAUUCACAAUGAGGAUAUCAAAGACCACCCUACCAAGGUUCCAGACAACCACACCAAUAGAGAUCUAACCCGCAAGGGAAAGGGGCAAUAUUCCAACUCUCCAUAUUGGAAGGAGAGUUCUUCAAGUGAUUCCAAGUUGGAAAGCAUUCUUGAAAGAGUAUUGCAAAAUCAUGAGAGAUCCAACACUUCAAUGAAAAAUAUGACCAAGCUUGUGGGUUCUCACACCGCAUCUAUUCAAAAGUUGGAGAUGCAAAUGAGGGAUUUAUCAAGAGAACAGAACCCAAAGCAAAAAGGGAUGCUCCCAAGUGAUGCUAUUGCAAAUCCAAAAGGUAGUGGGAGUGGCCCAACUUCUCAUUGCAUGUCCAUUACAACUCAAAGUGGGAAACUACUUCAAGGAGAGAAUGAACAAGUGGUUGAAGUAGAAGAUUCUGAACAAGAAGUCGAGGGACAAGUUGCGGUGCCAAAUGUUGUUGAAUUGGAAAGAUUCCCGAAGAAGGUGAAAGCUCAAGAAGUGAACCAUGAAGAGGUUAAGGAGAAGGUAAUAGAGGCACCAAAACCUCUAGCACCAAUUCAUAGACAUCCUCCUCUUUUCCCCCAAAGACUAGCUAGAAGGGUUGAUGAUAGCAAAUUCGAGAAGUUCUAUGACAUCCUAAAGCAAUUAUCGGUGAACAUUCCAUUUGUGAAAGCGUUUCAAGAGAUGUCGGGUUUUGCUAAGUACUUGAAGGACUUGAUCACUAAAAAGAAAACCACAAAGAAUGAAGUGGUGAAUGUCAUUCACCGGGUUAGUUUCAUCAUUGCAACAACUGUCGUCCAAAAGAAAGAGGACCUGGGAGCCUUCACCAUUCCAUGCACCAUUGGAUUGCGUGACUUUUCAUGA